UUGAGACCGCAUAUUAUAAUCUAAAACUUAAUCUUCUUCUACUCCAAAUUUGCUUAUAGUCUCCGUUGGAAAUUCUGUAAGAACUCUUGUGAAAAAUUGAUUUGCCGUUUUUUUUUAAUAAUCAGCAAAUUUCAGUAUUAUUAGUCGAUCAUCAUGGGUUACGAACUGGCUCGUAAGAGGAAAAGUCCCGGUGGUUGUGGGAAUGGAAAGAAAGAUAAGAAGAUGAAAUCUGUGGAAUGGUUGAAUAAUGGUAUGCAUCCUGAACUUCAAGCAGAAUUCGAUUCAACUACUCGCGAUUGUGAUCGCAAUGGUGAACAAGAGGAUACUGAAGAUUCUGGAGAAGAAAACCGCUCUGGCAAGUAUAAGACCAGCGGCAAUCAGAUUUUCUUUGAUGUUCAGGUAGGAGUAUCUCCUCCCAACAGUCCAAAGCAACCACCAGUAGAUGAAUUAAAAGGACUUCCAAACCUCGUCAGCCCUAAGCAAAUUGAACCAGGCACUCACUCUAAGCUAAAUGGUUGCUUCCCGUGGAAAAAAGGGAAGCGUCUAAUUCUACAAUACGCCAAAUCUAAACGAGUACACAAUCACUGAACAAUUGAAGAGUUGCCCAAAUAAAUCUGAACAGGAAGAAAGUUAGAAGCCGGUAUGUUUUUUGUUUUAUUUUGUGUGACGACUGGCGAGAUGGAAACGGUAAAGCAUUAUUGUGAUUUAUUUUUCUGAAGAAGUUUACAAGUCCAAAUAAUGGCUUAAAUUUGAUAAAUUUUCCUCUUUUCUUACUUUGUUAUAAGCUGAUUUUUCUAUCUUUCUAAUCCA